UCAACUGUGUGAAGUGAGAGUCCAAGAUUGUUGAAUGUUGUUCAAUUUUCCACUGUACUAUUGAAUGAAAUAUCAUUCAAAAAAUUUGUAAUCUGUGGGAAAAUGUAAAAUUAUUCUUCAGUGUUGUAUUGCCAUUGAAAUAUCUACCAAUCAAUCAACGUGAAACGCGAUUUAGGAAAACAAUUUUGAUGAAAUGAAAAUGAUGAAAAUGAAAAUUUUCAUAACGCUGACUUUGCUGGCCGCAGCAGCCAAGGCCACAUAUUUGUCGGAUGAUGUCUACGUUUCGGAACUAUUUUCGCUACGCGUAGAGCCACGAAUGUUCAACUGGACCUUCCAGGGUUUGACGGAACAGUUCCAGUAUCGGCCUUCCCUCGAAGGCUAUCCGGAUCUUCCGUCUUGGGUGCGGUACAUGUACAGCAGCGAAUAUCACUCCGGAUUCCUGUACGGGACUCCACCGGAACGGACCGCCGAUACUAAAGUUCCGAUCGAGAUCAUCGCUCUAAACAAGCAAACUUACGAAACAAAACGCAUCGUGCUGCUGCUGGCCGUGCACCGGAAGCUUCCGCCCCGGAAUGUCAUCCAGAUGAAAAUCGAUAAUCUUAACUGGGUGCACAUGAUGGACCCGGGAAGGAUUGAAAAUUUGAAAAACAUCUUCCGCAACGAUCUGUGGCAGGAAAGUCGGCAGGAUUUGCACAUCAUUUUCAUGGAUUCGGCUAUCAAGCUAGGUGCUCGAUUGCCGUUGAGGCCGCAGCAAAGGGAGGGCGUUGUAGUUCAUUUGGGAAGUCGAGCAGAUUUUUCGGCCCGUUUGCUGGAACUGCAGGAGGAAGUGAAGCCGCUGUACAAGAUUGCCUCGUGCAAUUACAAGCGAACUUCCGUUCAAACAACAUUUGAGAAUUCCGGUUUCAAGCUGGAUUGGUGCGCUUUCAAGUUGCACGCGGCCGAUGACGACAUAACGGCCAUGCCUCAUCAUCCGAACGAGAGCCACAAACCGGGUGGCGUACGAGGAUCGUCGGAAAUCAGCACCCUGCAGCAGCGGGCGGACCGUUGGGAGGCUCCCAUGAAGUCGGAAAUCCCGGACCGGAACUACAGUGACGAGUUUGCCGUCUCGUUUGCCAUUCCGGGGAUGAUAUUUGCCCUGCUGCUAUCGGUGCUGACCGUGAUCCUUUGCUUCCAGCACGAGAAACUGCGAGAUGACGAUUCAGAGUAUUAUUUCGAUUUUAUUUUUAACAUUUGUACAGAUUUCUUCAGGUUGAAAAAAUCUUACAGACACGAGUAUCGUCCCGUGCAACCCGUUCAGAUGGUCCAAUACGGAUCGGAACAAUCUCAAUCGGUGCCCGCGACUGGAACGUUGAAAAGUCUGAAGGAUGCCCCCUAUGAGGAAGACUUGAGCAUCAGAUCGGCCAGUCCAUCCGAGAGCUUCUGCCGCGAGGGGAGUCCGCGCAUUGUCAACACUUAUCUGAGACCGAAACCUCCGCCGUAUCGCCCGUCCGGUUCCAACAACUCCACCAUGCAGAGGAAGGCCCCCGUCGGAGGUGUUGACAUAUGACCUGGCGAGCCCCGAGUUUUGUUCUGUUAAGCCUCCGGAAGGACAGGUUGGCAAUGGGAAUAUUAUAGCAACGGAGUAGUCUUCAGCAGGUAGAACAAAAUUCAACGACAAAUUCAGAAAUUGGCAGUAGAAUGCAACCAUAUCGAGGGUUAAUGCCCGUAUCAGCUUAAACUUGUAAUUAUCGGUUCUGUUAUUUAUAUAUUU